AUGGCAGGAACUUCAUCUUCCCCCACUGCAUCUCCACCAGCACUUUGGAUACGUCCACCAACAUUCAUAGAAGGAAAGCUAGACGGCACAAACUACACUUUAUGGAAGUUCAAGAUGAGUGCUAUUUUGGAUUCAUAUAAACUACUUGUUACAGCUCAAGGUAUGGAUCUAGAACCGAUUGACUCACCUGAUCCCACCAAUCCUAAGGUUAUCAUCCCUCUAGAUGCUGCCUUCGUUAAAGCAUGGAAGAGGCGGAAUGUAGAUGCACUUUGUGCUAUUGUCACAAGUGUAUCUGAUUCUAUGGCAGCAGUGGACAUAGCAAAGACCAGUAAGGAGUUAGCUCGAAGAUGUAUUCGAGUGCUGCCAUCAAAAUAUGACAGUCUGGUAACUGCUCUUAGCACGCAAAUUAGAACUCCUACACUAACCUUUGAGGAAUUCUGUGCUUUACUACUAGAGGAGGAGAUGAGGCUGAGAAUUAGAGAAAAUGAAAGCAAUAGUGCUUUCAUCAUGCAGAUCAAAGGCAAGGGCAAUAAUGUUGAAAAGAAGAAGGGAAAGAACAAGAAGAGAUUUUAUGGUAUAUGCUACUACUGCAAAAAAAAGGGGCAUGCAACCAAGGAUUGCAGAAAACGUAUCCACGAUGAAAAGAAUGGCACGUUGAAGCCUACGUGGAAUGUCAGACAGGUAGCAAAUUGUGCUGAACCAUAA